GUUAGUUCAGAACCGUAGGAGUAUUUCUGCGGUGACGUUAGCCAGCGGGCUUAGGAAGUUUGUUCUGGUGCUCUCCGUGGCGGGAUGCCUUGCUCUGCUCUUAGGCAGCUGGCCUGCCUGCGGCCGUGCUGCUGGUGUAGUCUAUCCUGAAGAUCACACCAAGCCACAGCUUCCUAAGCGUGACUAUUACAUGGUUAAGAAGCUGUUAGAAGAAAACAGCUCGGGCGAAAUGAACAUAAAUUGUGUCGAUGUGCUUGGACGAAAUGCUGUUACCAUAACCAUUGAAAAUGAGAACUUGGACAUACUACAGCUUCUUUUGGAUUAUGGCUGCCAGUCAUCAGAUGCACUUUUGGUGGCUAUUGACUCGGAAGUGGUGGGAGCUGUUGACAUUCUACUUAAUCACCGACCAAAAAGAUCCUCCAGACCAACCAUUAAACUAAUGGAACGCAUUCAGAACCCAGAGUACUCAACAACCAUGGAUGUGGCACCUGUCAUUUUAGCUGCUCAUCGUAACAACUAUGAAAUUCUCACCAUGCUGUUAAAGCAAGAUAUAUCAUUACCCAAACCUCAUGCUGUAGGCUGUGAAUGCACACUGUGUACUGCAAAGAACAAAAAAGACAGUCUGCGACAUUCCAGGUUUCGUCUUGACAUUUAUCGGUGUUUGGCCAGUCCUGCUUUAAUAAUGUUGACAGAGGAGGAUCCGAUCCUGCGAGCUUUUGAACUUAGUGCAGACUUGAAAGAAUUAAGCCUUGUUGAGGUUGAAUUCAG